AUGUCUCCAAUUCGCGUCGGUAUCAUCGGUCUUUCCACUGGCUCAAAGGCCACCAGCUGGGCCAGCACAGCUCAUCUGCCAUACCUCCUGUCCGAGCAGGGCAAGAAGAACUACCAGAUCACCGCUCUGUGCAACUCAUCCGUUGACAGCGCAAAGAAGUCUAUUGAGCACUACAAGCUCGACAGCAAUGUCAAGGCCUACGACUCACCAAAGGACUUGGCCGAAGACAAGGAUGUUGACUUGGUCAUCUGUAUCGUCGGUGUCGAGAGUCACUACAAGCUCCUGAAACCCGUUGUCGAAGCUGGCAAGAAUGUCUAUACCGAGUUGCCUUUGGCAUCCAACAUGGAUCAGAUCAGAGAAUUGGUCGGCACUGCAAACCAGAAGGGUAUCAAGACCAUGUUUGGAUCUCAGGGCCAAUCUGCUCCUGUGGUCAAGGUUGUUCAGAAGCUCAUUGCUGAUGGCAAGCUUGGUAAGGUCUUGAGCACUUCGUUGAGUGGGUGCACUGGUAUUGGUGGAGGUGCAAAGAUCCCUGCUGGGUUCAAGUACAUUAUCCAGAGAGAGGCUGGCGGCAACCAUGCCACGAUUUUCUUCCUGCACAGUUUCACCUGCUUGCUCGAAGUCUUUGGCGAGCUCGAGUCUUUCGACACCAUCAUGGGCAUCGAGCGCCCCAAAGUCGACCUCAUCGAUCUAGAAAACAAAGGCAAAGUCGUCGACACAAUCACAAAAGACACACCCGACAACAUUUCCCUACAGGGACGCUUCAAGGACGGCACACUCUUGAACUACGGUCUCCGCUCCGCCGCUCCCUUCCCCGGCGACGCAGGCAUGAGAUGGCUCAUCAACGGCGAAAAGGGCGAGGUGUUGAUCACCUGCCCAGCAGCAAUGUUCGACAUCAACCACGAGGGCGUGAAAAUCCAACUUCACGAGUUCGGCAAUGACAAGGCGGAGGAUAUUGAGUUGCCUGCUGAUGAGCUGGCUGGUCUCAAGCACCCUGCGCAAAAUGUGGGAAGACUCUACGAGGCUUACGCAAAGGGAGACACCAAGGGAUACUGCGAUUGGAACUUGGCUCUCAAGCGCCACGAGUUGAUCGAGGAAAUGUUCCAGAGGGGAGAUGGAAGCAAGCCUUUCGGAGACAAGGCUGCGUACUUGUCCAAGGGCAGUGCUUCAAGUGGUGCUUCCUCUGGCUCGAUCCAAGGCAGCACUGCUGAGGUCGAUGCCGAUGCUGAAGGCACCAUUAUUGCUGACAGAGAAGUCAAGCCCAAGGAGAUUACACGCGAAGUUGGCUCGGACGGCCCCAAGACAACCGUCCAGACUUUGGAAGCAGAGGGCUUUGGUGCCUCGUCUGGUCCUAACGACCUCAGCAACAACGGAGGUAACCGCGAUCUCGCUUCGUAG